GUUUAACACGUUGUAAUAGUUCUAUUACAUACUGUACUGUACCUCACCAGGAGGCUUAGUAGCCUAUUAUACCGUGUUAGAAAUAGCACCAAAUCGGACACCGAAUAGGUAGGUGAGAAUAAAUAAAAAAACGCCGUAUUUUGAUACACUUGAACCGUACUUUUUUGUUUUCUUGGUUUCUGUAGGCGCUUCGUUCCCCCCUGUCCUCCACUUUUGACAGAACGCCCCGAGCGCACUUUUAAUGAUGCGUAACUGACGCGCGGUCAUCAACGGACAUUCUUCCUGAUGUCACUUCUCAACAUGCGGACCACCUGUUUUAUGGCCGUGAUCUUGUGGCUCACAACUGGUUCAUCUCGUUGUCAAACACCAAUUCCCAAUGUUCACGGAGGGUUAGGUGCAGUUCUGGGGGUGUCCAACGCCAGCGUCCUCCUGCAAGACCCCAGCUCUGAGACACUCUACCUGGGAGCCAGAGGCUCCAUUCUGGCACUGCACACCUCCAACCUCACCUGGAAACACCCAUCAAUUAAGUGGGAGGCAACAGAAGAGGAGAGGAAGUCCUGUAUGGGUAAAGGCAAGAGAGUGGAUGACUGUUAUAACUACAUCUGUCUGCUGGAGGUUCUGAAGGAUGGAAGGAUCUACGUCUGUGGCUCCUACGCCUACAAUCCCAAGUGUGCUUUCAUAGACCCAGUGACGUUUGUCCUAGUGAAGGAAGGUGGUGACAAAGUGAAGAUGGAGAAUGGGAAGGGGAAAUGUCCUUAUGAUCCCAGACAACCUCACACGGCUGUUACUGCAGAUGGAGUGCUGUACACCGCCUCCCCUUCUAACUUCCUGGGCACGAUGUUUGACAUCACCAGGGCAACAGGUCAAGAGGUGCGCGUGCAUCAGUCCAUCAACUGGCUCAGUGAUCCAGAGUUUGUGAGUUCGGCCCUGGUCAGGGAGAGUCCUGGAGAUGAUGAUAAAAUCUACUUCUUCUUCAUGGAGAACGCCUUAGAGUACGACCUUUACACCAAGGUCAGGGUCACACGGUUGGCCAGAGUCUGCAAGGGAGACGUGGGGGGCUCUAAGACCCUGCAGAAGCGCUGGACCAGUUUCCUGAAGGCUCAGCUGGUGUGUCAGGACCGGGACAGUGGCCAGCACUACACCGUCCUGACCCACGCCUACCCUCUGGAACACCGCCUGGGAGACCCCAGCAGCACACACUUCUACACCCUCUUCACCUCCCAGGGGAAAGGAGAGCGCGUGUCAGCAGUGUGUGUGUACAGCCUGGCUGACAUCACCAAGGUGUUUGCGACGGGAGGCUUCAGAGAUAUGAAGAGGAACUGUGUGAACAGUGGGAACUCUGAGUCUGUACCCGACCCCCGACCUGGACAGUGUAUCAACCAUGUCCUGAGAGCCCAGGGUUACAACUCCUCCUUCAACAUGCCCGACCGCGUGCUGCAGUUUGCCAAGGAACAUCCUCUGUUGACGAACACUGUGGACGCAGCGCCCCUUCUGGUGAGGAGGGGAACCACAUACACCAGGAUCACAGCUACCAACAUCUCCAACAGUGAUGCUGCCCUACUACAUCUGGGAACAGAUCAGGGGGAGUUACACAGUGUGUCUAUUGUUGGUCGUACUGCUACUCUGCUGCAGGAGAUCCCUCUGACAACCUCAGUAGAGCCCAUCAACAACAUCCUCACACAGCAGGGCCAUGUGGUGGUGGGCUCCCCAUCCUCUUUGUCCCGUGUGCCAGUAGAGGGGUGCAGAGUGUACUCCAGCUGUCAGGUGUGUGCCCGGGCAGCAGGACUAGGUUGUGUGUGGGACGUCAACACGAGAGGCUGUGUUGCGGACUCUCCAGUGCAGAGGGAGUCAGAGGACCCUUUGAAGGUGUGUGGCACUGGAGAGGGUCGUUGUUCCCCUGUGGUGAAGGAGCUGCGUGUGAAGAUGGGCCUGGUGGUCCUCCUCCCCUGUGACCACCCCCAUCUCUCCCCUCUCCCCUGCAUCUGGGAGCACCCCCAGGGCCGCUACACCCUGAAGCACCACUCCCACCUGGAGGUCACUGUCUCCGAAUCCAGCCUGGGCCUCUACUCCUGCCGCUGCACAGCCCAGGGUGAUUAUUCCUGGGGUAGCGAACCCUGCCUUACAGCCUCCUACCAGCUCACCAUGGAGGACCUCAGUGUCGAAGGCAGGGUGGACCCGGGGCUGUCGAGAUCACCGGUAUGGGUAUACAUCUCCUGUGUCCUGCUGGGGGUGCUGGUUGGAGCUUUAGGAGCAACUGUGUUCCUGAAUAGGCUUUGCUGGAGAGCAGCCCAGCACACCCCAUUAGAGGACAGAAAUGGGGGUGGAGCCAAUCAAGGACAGCAGGGGCGGGGCCCCACCUGUUAUGAGAAUAAGCUGGUGAUGGGUGACAUGUCGGUCGGCCAAUUGGGAGAGGGCGUUUUGUGAAGAGAUGUCCAGAAUUGACUUAAUUGAAGGGAGUGUUUUGCCAGGUACCGCUUAGAGACUGAGGCUUUCUUUCUUUCUGUGUCUCUUUCUGUCUCUCUGUGUGUGUCUCUUUCUCUGUGUCUCUCUCUGUGUCUCUCCCUCUGUGUCUCUCUGUGUCUCUGCUUCUGUGUCUCUGUGUCUCUCUCUGUGUCUCUCUCUGUCUCUCCCUCUGUGUCUCUGCUUCUGUGUCUCUGUCUCUCUCUGUGUGUCUCUCUCUGUGUCUCUCUGUGUGUCUCUCUGUGUCUCUCUCUGUGUCUCUCUGUCUCUGUGUCGCUCUGUCUCUCUCUGUGUCUCUCUGUCUCUGUGUCACUCUCUCUGUCUCUCUGUGUGUCUGUGUCUCUCUGUGUCUCUGUCUCUCUCUCUCUGUCUCUCUCUCUGUCUCUGUGUCUCUCUGUGUCUCUCUGUCUCUGUGUCGCUCUCUCUGUCUCUCUCGGUGUCUCUGUCUCUCUCGUUGUGUCUCUGUCUCUCUCUGUGUCUCUGUCUCUCGCUCUCUUUCUCUCUCUGUCUCUCUCUCUGUGUCUGUCUCUCUCUGUCUCUGUGUCUCUCUGUCUCUGUGUCUCUCUCUCUGUCUCUCUCUGUGUCUCUGUCUCUGUAACCAGGUUUCCAUCCAACCUUUUUAUUUGAGUAAAACAUGUCACGGCAGGCCUGAUGGAAACAGCACAUUUUUGGGUAAACUCGUUUAGUGUUGGUAAAGUGAAUUAUGUGAGAAACGGUGGUGGAAACACCACCUUUAUAGGCAGAUAUUGAUAUGAUAACCAUCAUAUCGUUGUGAUGACAUGUUGUGUGGUCCUCACACUACUACUCAGGCAAGCAUACAGUUUAUUAGCCUACAGAUUAAAUAAGUAAUGAUGAACUUCACAGGGAGGUGAUGAACUUGAUGCUCCUUUCCAAUAAAUAUCCAGGGUCCUAUUCUGGUGACAUGAUGAUUGAUGCUUGGCUGCCGUUUGACAAAUAAAACAAAUCUUACUCUUAUCAAUAAUAUUGUCAUGUAGACAAGCCUACCCCACUGUAUCUGCCAGCUGCUGGCUACAGCGUACAUACAAGGACCAGAGUGGGCACGUGCUAUUUAACACAACACAGUUGAAAAUGCGAUGGAAGCCCGUCAUCACCCACUGUCAUCACCCACUGUCAUCACCCACUGUCAGCACCCACUGUCAGCACCAACUGUCAUCACCCACUGUCAUCACCCACUGUCAUCACCAACUGUCAUCACCCACUGUCAUCACCCACUGUCAUCACCCACUGUCAUCACCCACUGGCAUCACCCACUGGCAUCACCCACUGUCAUCACCCACUGUCAUCACCCACUGUCAUCACCCACUGGCAUCACCCACUGGCAUCACCCACUGGCAUCACCCACUGUUUCCGCCAAGUCAGUUUGGGGGAAACUCGGCACUGGUGGGAAAAUGUGCAUAUUUUCCUUAUGGAUAUUUUACAAAAUUCACAUGAAAAUCUGUCGCCAGUUGGAUUGAAACCAAGCUAGUGACAUCACAGGGUAGGAUUAAAAGUGAAAAAGAGAGUGAUUUCCAAACCUGCAACCAGUUUCUAGCCAGCGGGAGGGUAUUUACCUGCUCCCCACGUCACCACAAAUCUCAGUGUUUGAUGAAAAUCACUGUUUUUAAAAUGGUUUUG